CCCAAUGCCUGAAAAUGAAAUCCAAUUAAAAUAUCCUUUCGAUCUGUAGUCUCAUCCCUCCGGAACAAAUCACACAUACAUGUUUAAACCUUCAUGCCCUUACUUUGAAAGUUAGGAGGAAGGAAGGAAGUGCUUGGUUUUAGUUCGUAAAAAUGUUUAUUCUAGUGAUCCUUUAGUACAAAAUAAGUAUCAGCAAUAUGGACGCUGCAUGUGCUGGAGUAAGAUGUGAUGAAAUGAUAAAGGCAGUUUGACGCUGUGGACCUGGAGCGUUUUGGAAGCUCUUAUUUUGACACCGAGGCGUGGCUGAAUGGCCGAGGCAACCGGAAGUAUCCUAUUAUGGAAUGCAGGCUCCCACAUAAACUUCCGGUAAGGGCGGCUGCUGCGAGUGAAGUCUCUAUCGGAACCGACGGCCAUAAAGUGUGGAUCUGCUAGUCGUCGUUGACACGGAAGAUGUCCAAGUCGCUGAAGAAGAUCGUGGAGGAGAGUCGGGACAAGAACCUGCCCGAGGUGGACAUGUGUGACAGAGGCAUCUCCAACAUGCUGGACGUCCCCGGGCUGUUCACUCUGUCCAACAUCACCCAGCUGGUCCUCAGCCACAACAAGCUCACAGCUGUGCCUGCUAACGUCUCCGAGCUGAAGAACCUGGAGGUUCUGAACAUGUUCAACAACCAGAUUGAAGAGCUGCCCACUCAGAUCAGCAGUCUGCAGAAGCUGAAGCACCUCAACCUUGGGAUGAACCGUCUCAGCGGCUUGCCCAGAGGAUUUGGUUCUUUGCCAGCUCUGGAGGUUCUGGACCUGACCUACAACAACCUGAACCAGAGCUCCCUGCCUGGAAACUUCUUCUACCUCACCACGCUGCGCGCUCUCUAUCUGAGUGACAACGACUUCGAGGCCCUGCCCGCCGACAUCGCGAAGCUGGCCAAGCUUCAGAUAUUGAGCCUGAGGGACAACGACCUUGUCUCGCUGCCUAAGGAGAUUGGAGAGUUGGCCCAACUCAAAGAGCUUCACAUCCAGGGCAACCGACUGACCGUCCUGCCCCCUGAGCUAGGUAAUCUGGACCUGACUGGCCCCAAGCAGGUGUUCAAGGCCGAGAACAACCCCUGGGUCACUCCCAUCGCGGACCAGUUCCAGCUGGGCGUCUCCCAUGUCUUUGAAUACGUCCGCUCGGAGACAUACAAGUAUCUCUACGGCAGACACAUGCAGGCCAACCCAGAACCACCGAAGAAGAGCAACGAUAAGAGUAAGAAGAUCAGCCGCAAACCACUGGCUGCCAGGAACAAAUGAACGAGGCUCGUAGCAUCACUGCAUGUGCCUUCCCCCCCCCCCCCCCUCUGGCUUUUAUACAAGAACAAACAUUUUGUACUCCAUCGACUGGUAUGAGUUGUGUUUCUAAAUGUGUGGCCUGUAGCUGGAUGUGUUUCUACUCUUCUGGUUCUUGUGUGUAACUGUUGGAAACACGGAGAUGGUUGGAUGCUCCUCACAAGGAGCAAACAGGAGGUCCUUGAUGAAUGCCAACACCCCACAGGCAGAUGUUUCAAUGAGUGUUUGUCUUACUGCUGUGUAUCUAAAGGUAAUCCAGCAAGCGUCUUCAUGCCUCUUCCAUUUACAGCAACUCGCCUUUUUUACUUUAUUUGUCUUUCAUGUCCACUGUACCUUCACUCCACAUCGCUUUUGUCACAGCGUCCAUCACAUUUCAAAGCAAAGCUGAUGUAACAGAGCUUUUAUCACAACAACAUUCACUGGACACUUUGAAUAAAACAAUGAGAGAAAAGUU